AUGUCUCGUGACUCGAAUCCCUGCUCACUGACUGUUCUGUUACUACUUGUGAUUUUGGUUAUUUCGAUGUCGAACUAUUUCACUUUCAGCAAGAUUGAAUACCACGUCAUCUCAUCAACCGAUACAGAUUCCUCCAACAUUAUCAAUCUCUACCAAUCAGAAUCCAUCAAAGAACUUCGAAAAAAAGCACUUUUAACAGCUGAAAAUGACAGGAAAAUGCUAUUCAAUGCAUCGAUAAAAGCUACUAGCCAAGAUUUCUACAAAUCAGUCAAAGUAGAGGCAUAUUGUGCACAGAAAGAGCGUAUUGGAGAAAAGGGGGACGGAGGGAAAUAUGUUUGUAAUCCGAAGAAAGUGAAGAAGGAUUGCACAUUGCUCUCUUUGGGUCUCAACAACCAAAUCGGGUAUGACCAGCAUAUUUACGAAGCAACGGGUCGACAGUGCAAAAUUCUCGGAGCAGAUCUUGACCCACAAAACCAACAGACCAAGGACUCCUAUGCAAAAAUGAAUGGGGAACUGUUUGCUGGCCGGAUUCCAAACGAGAUAGCCAUCCCUCAAAUGCUAGAGAAAGCAGGAAGAAAAGAAGUGGAAUUGCUGAAAAUUGAUAUUGAAGGUGGAGAGGUUAUUGCUCUGGAACCUCUCAUCAAGGACUAUUUUGUGUGUCAGUUGUUGGCGAAGUGGAGUGACAGUGAGUGGGAACCGAGCCGAUUGUCGUUGAUGACGAAUAAUCUGGAAAAAAGUAAUAUUGAAAUGUUAGCAUUACAAAGAAUAAACUCACGGAUGGGGCUGUUAUUCCCAUGGACGUCGACGGCUGAUUGGGAUCAGACGGGAAAAGAUUCGGAGCUGGAGAUUCUGGAGAUUCUCGUCCUGGUGGUGAUGGAAAUUCGUCAAAACUACCUUACUACUCCUACUGCAACCGAUACCUCCAAUGUCAUCGACCUCUACCAGUCGGAAACCGUCAAAGAAUUACGGAAGAAAGCACUCAUAUCGGCUGAAAAUGAUAGAAGAGUACUAUUCAAUGCAUCUUUGAAAACCAAUGGCCAGGAUUUCUACAGAAAAAUGAAAAUUGAAGCAUAUUGUGCUUAUAUGUAUACUGAAAUACAAUGCGUUUCUUAUUAUUUAAACUCAACAGAAAAGCUGACAGUGGUUGAGACAAAACGAGAAGAAGGGUUAAUCGUUGCUUUUAAGACAGGAAUUGUACUAGACCACUGCCCAGCAUACGAUGAUAUGGAUCUAGUGGUAACAAUUGGCGUGGAUCCCAUACCAUCAUACUUGUCACGGGCCCGCUAA